AUGGUGCUCAAUCGUGCUACCUGGUGUAUCGUCCUUGGAUUAUUCCUUGUGCAAAUAUCUGUGGCACAUGAGGAGUCAAAUGCCAAAAAUUGCAGUGACCCCGCAUGUCGCAGUGGACGAGUGUUGAGGAAUAUAUUUAACUAUGUGACAAGUGAUGGUGGUGGAAAAUCACUAGUGCUAGUACCUGGCCUAGAGAUUGUGAAAUUACCAGUCCAGGAAACAGCUCGAUCUUCUGAUUAUGAUGAUCUCAAGCAUCAGAGCUUCCUCACUAGGAUGGCCAAAUACCUCCAAACACACGAGAUCAAGAUCAAAUUUCCUGAACUCGUGGGACAGACUGAUUUCAAUGAAGGACGAAAGAAGGACAAAGGAGGUCUCGGAAUGGUGAUGAUGAUGGGCAUGAUGAUGGCCAAGAUGAUGGCAGCAUUGGGUCUGGGAGGUGUUGGUGCUCUUGCCAUGAAAGCCCUCGGUGUCUCUAUGAUGGCUCUAAUGCUGGCCGCAAUUAUUGGCAUCAAGAAGCUGGCUGAAGGUGGUGGUCAUGAUGAUGGUGGCCAUCAUGUUCAGUACGUAACGGCUCAUGAUCAUCACCAUAGGAAGCGCCGUGACGUUCAGAGUAACUUGGAUAUGCCUUAUCGGGGCUGGCAGCCAACAUACUCCCAAUCGGAGUGAUUCCAAAAAAAUGUUCCAAAAUGAUCGAAUUUAACUUCAGGAAUACCUACCUUAUUUAUGUGAACACGAUCUUCCUAUUUAUUGUAAUUUAUUUUGUUGUAAUUUAUUUUUUUUGUGCAUAAAACAGUGAGUAGCUGAAAGCUUUAUGUUCUUUUAUUUUUUUUAUAGUUCAGUAGUAAAUAGCUCUAGUGGCUAUGAGAAUGAAAGUCACAAUCGCUUCUUGAUCGUUCAAUUAGACAAGUUAGUGGCUUUUACAAUAUCUAGUAUCACAAUCUUAUACUCAAGUGAUGUGCGUAUGUGAGAUCAUCAUCAUCAUCGGCAGUUGCUGUCGGAGGAACAGUCAUCUGAGGCAUUUUCUUGUUGGAAGAGCAAUCGACCCAAUAACCCACUUUGUUUUUAUUUUAUUUCAUAUCUUCAGUUUCACAAAUUCUCCUAAAACACGGAACCAACCAAAAUCAAAAUACAACAUAUGUUAUACAUAUAUUGUACAUAAUGGCUUGACACACUGUGCCGCUAAAAAAGGCGUGUUUCGUUCUCUUGCAG